UUCGUUCUCGCAAAAUCGAGAUCCCUUAUAUGUGGCAAUUUAAAAGCAGAUUGAGUCAGUUGAGUGUUCACUUUGCCAGCGAGAAGAUGUCGCCAAUUCCUACGAUCAUUGGAUUGUAUCUUUCGCUCUUCAUCCUGAGCAAUGUGGAUGCAUACAGCACAAAAUGUAGUCCCGUCUUCGGAGUUUGUUACAUGCACACGGAUUGCUGCAGUGGCAGAUGCUUAACUUACGGCUCAUAUUGUGGCUAUCCGGCGCACCGUCUUACAACAACUUAUUUGAGUCCUAACGAAUUCGCCAGUAUCAAGAAAAAAACAGCAAAAUCAAUCAAUGACGAGGUGAAAGUUUUCGGCCUACCUAGUGAGUCAGAACCAUCGAAUGAUGUUUUUGAUGUUGAUUCAAACCCGCAUUCAGCCGUAAAAUGCUACAAUGUUGGUGAACCCUGCUCCCGGGCUGAAGAAUGCUGUAACUUACGAUGUCACACUUAUAUGCACAGAUGUGUCACCUGAAGUAAUUCAUGGCAAUGACACACAGCUAAUUACCAAAAUAUUUCAGAUUCGUCAAGGGCGCGGCCCUUUAUAUUUUCAUUGACAAUAAUAGCAUCAUUCUCAAAUAAAUGGGGCACAACAGCCCGUUCACUAAGUCAAAUAAAAGGAUGUAACCAUGCUGAAAACUUAUAAAUAGUUAUAAAGAUAUUUUAUCACAAUAAAUAAAUAAAGCACACUA